CGGCGACACGUCGCGACGUUGGUAGCACACAGUGGUUACGAGCAGUGCUUACCACGUAUACGGAUGAAGCACAAUUCCACAAUAUUUUAUUCCAUUAAUCAAUUCAAUCAAUGACUAAUCGGUAAUAAAACAACAAAGCACCAUUGAUUUGAUCGGAUGACUGAAUUUGACAGGUCAAAGGGCUGUGUAAGGCAAGCUACAGUUACAUAGAUUAUUAUUAAGGGUAACGUAUUGCCGUAAAUUGCCGUAAGCCGGGUAUCGUGAGUGACACUCAGUGUGAAGUAGAAAAUCUGAAAUAGGAAAUUAAAUGAGAAUGAAGUGUGUUUUAAGUUAAUUUAAAAGAGCGAGUUUAUUGAUGACGUGAUUGAUUGACAGAGAAAUUCAAUAGAGGAGUCUACGUUGUUGGAGAGUGCACGCAGAGAGGUGGAUUGGAGAUUACUCCAUUACUGUGUCUUCUUCGUUGGGAUUAAAAGGGAAAUAAAUAUUGGGGUGACGAGGUUGAUAAAGGUGAAUCAAGAGGGAAUUGGCCCUAGGAAGGCCUCAGUACUAAUCACAUAACCGGUGUCCGUCGGCUUAAAGGCCGUCUUACUACUGUUCCACUGCCCCACACAUUCAGCUCGGCCUCAUGAUUGGUUCAUUCUGGAACCUGUGCCGUGCGUGCCCUUCAAUGCCGAUUGAUAAGCAGCUCCACUCAGAGUACAGGAGCACUUACACAUGGCACGAGUACACAGGACCUCAUCAGGAGCACACGAUUGUACGUCGGGCGCCCCAGGCUCAGCCGACCUCCACGAAGCAACCGAGCGCGAAGCUACAAUCGGCCAAGUCAACUGAGGAUGAUAAUACCGAAGGACCAACACUGGAGCCACCAUUGCCGAGGAGGAAGAAGAAUCCAGAAUUGGCUUACAGGCAUCAUGAGUUCAUCACUGCCGCUGAUGGAGGUGGCAUCGAUGCUGUUGAUACCAAUGUUGUUGCUGAUAAAGUGCGAGAAGUGACGGGAAGUUCAGCUCUACCACCGAGUCAGCUGAGCAAAGCGAUUUCACGGAUAAGCACCGAGUAUCGAUUGCAGUUUGCCUGGCCAAGGCGAGCCCAGCUGACAAAUGGUGAGACUGUGGCGCCAAUACCGGCUGCCGGUGGUGCUGGUGGUCUACCAGGUGGUCCACGCAAAUCCAUGAGCAUGGGCACCCUUAAACAGGGUAUCGCACCAACUGAACCAGCUCCAGUCCACAUGAGAAAGAGACCAGGCGAUGUGGAUCACAAGCGUGAUGGAAUCCAAGCGUCCGAACUCGAGCCACUAUUCGGUAAUAAUGCUGAUCAUAUUGAUGGUGUCAUGCCUGACGUCGACGAGAAAGAUGAGGAUUUAACCGAUUUCAAGAUAUCCUUCAGAGAAAGAAAAUCAGCGAGUAAGGGAGUGAAGAUUAUAGAUGAUCGUGUAACGAAAAAAAGUGAUAAAGCUCCGUCAACAGUGACAAAUGCGUUUCCAACGUCCGAGAUUGUCGAGCUCAGACGUCUUGCUGAUGAGUAUAAGCACCGCGACUGGGGUGGCGGUCUGGCGUCAGGGGAAGUGUCAUCGGUCUGGAAACACGUCUCGAAUAAUCACGUACUCAACGCUCUAUCACUUGGCAGGUCGGUAACGAAGGAGGAGAAGGAGAAGGAGAACACGAGAAAGGUUGCACCAGUUAUGAACACAAUGCCACCAGCUGGUAGACCCUCCUCCGUUCAAGCUAGACCUAUUUCUGGAAUUCUCCAAGAAGCGGAUAAUGAGAGAGCUAUGGCUCGCGCAAGAAAGGAUUUCUUGAUCCGUCAUCAUCUGGACCGUACUACAGGUGUUGGUGACGGUGCACUGUUACCUUCUCCAACGAGGGAGAAGCUUGAGCCAGUGGCACCCCGUCGUCGUGACGAGGCUAAGGAUGAAAUUCAACCGAGAACAAAAUCAAGCCCCAAGAAUAGCCCGCGGACUGGGCGCUCGCAGAGUCUUGGACCCAUCAGUAGGUCACCAAAACGUCAGACUCCACGAGCACCAUCAGUCAGCAAAGAUGCCAAGGAGAAAGAGAAGGAGCAUAAAGAUAAAGAGGGGAAGGACAGGAGUGGAGAGCCAGAGAGGCAUCCCCGUCCGACGGGUGUUUCAGCGGUGGGCGGGCGAGUUCGUUGGAGCAUAAGAGAAUCCUCGCAAACCCCGGUGAAAUCAUCGACGAGCGAGCCACCCAUACCGCCUUUACCACCACCGCCUUCUGGCCCUGGGCCCACGCAACUCCACAAGAAACCCUCGCCAAGGUCACGCCGUAAACCCUUCCUCGCGACCACUGCUUCCCCCAAUCGUCCUCUUCAUCAUCACGCGAAACCUACUUCUGCUAAUGUUACCAAAGUCCCCGGUAAGAAUACGACACAACACAGUGUCGAUGCCAAUACAACAGUCUCCAGCUCAGUAUCAUCAGGCAAUGAGGCAGCAGCCUCGGGCUCGAGAUCACAACGUACACUAAAAUUAAACAAUGAGAAUAAUCGAGCCCGAGGUAGUGCCAGGGCCCAAGUAACAACUAUCGACCCAUCCAAAUCAUCCUCCGACAAUCGAUACCAAUCGUACCGAGCUAAUGCAGCCCUGCAAGCUAUGACAGCGGAACCCCAGGUGAACGGCGACGGAACCGGGGGCGAUUCGAGCAUCGCGUCAACUCCACCGUCGCAGAGUGCCACCGCACCAGUAGCGACCGCAGUAGUGACAAGCUGUCCUUGGUUCGACGACGAGCCAGUGGUAAAGAGUCCCCCAGAGCCAACACGAGUAAAAUCCCCAGAACAGAUGAUAAUGCGAUCACCAGAGCCAGUAAAUUGGACAGUCCCCCUGGACACCGGCAAGACCUUCACGGUCACCCAAAAUGUGAGGGAAGGGGAACCCCUGACCCGACCUCACAGCGAGGCGAAGACUUGGGCCGCAGGGUCGACAGUGAUAUCAACACCCCAAUCAGCACCUCCAGAACUAGCUCAGCACAAAUCUCAUCAUCAAUCACAGCACUCGGGAUGCAAAUCACCGGAGAGCGAGAGCGUCUCCCUGGGGAGUUACACCGGCCUCAAUGGCCACAAGGAUCUCGACUCGGAGAGGGACAGUCCACUGCCCAACAAUCUACAGGGUACAUCCACAACAUCGCAAAGUGAUAAGGGAUCAGUAGUACCAGAGACGAAGGAGAAAUUGCCAGAGGAGCCCUCGAUAAAGCCAGUAGCUGGAACGAAUCUCCGCUGCUUGGAGGAUCCAGUCUUCGAGUUCGAUCGAGGUCAAAAAACCACAGAACCAGUUGUCCCAACAACAACAGCUCCAGUGACACAAUCAGGCUAUCGUGUACUAGAAGCAGAGGAUCCAGUAGUGCCUGCAGGUGGUGUAGGUAGCACUUCCAGCGCAGGCUAUCAUGUUCUAGAGGCUCCAGUACUUAGUCCAGGGGCACAACAACGAUCAGUAACCAGUGAUGUCCUCGAAAUUGCUCGUAAUCGCUUCGAUAAAUUCUGGGGCAAGGGUGGACCCGAGAAUCAGGCUUAAUCACAAAAUUCGAAAGAUUAAAAAUGAAAAGAAAUAUAAAAUCAUUAAAUGAAGUCGCAUCAUAGGCUAGAGUGCUAGCAGAAGAUUGAAGAUGAGAAUGAAAUAUUCGAUCGAUAGAUUUGAAUAAUUGGAGCUGAUGAGCUCUCGUGAUCGUCGUCCAAUGCUCCUUUGGGCCUUCUAGACCAAUUCGUUUCGAAUAGAUUGAGUAAUGUCUCAUAAUCAUUUAUUAAUCAUCAAUGGCCAAUGAGAACAAUCUGCUGAAUGGCUUUACGUGCUAAUUCGUGUAAACCCAGAAUAGAUUUUGGGGGCUUCAAGCAUUUUUGUACGUUAUAUUAUUAACCACGUGAAUCAAAAUACAGAACAGAGCAGAACUCGAUGGAAUGAAAUGAAAGGGAAAUACAAUUGAUUAAUGUGCUAUUUGAUUUUGACAAACGCGUGGAAAUUAUUUUUGUUAAUUGAAAUCCAUUUUCAUCAGGAGUAUCGAUUAAGCGGAUUCAUUGGGGAGGAUAUUUCGGUUGGUGAUUAUUAGCAUCGAUUGCGUCGUACGGACGAGUGAUCACGAUUUGAUUAGCUCCAGACGCAGGGAGCAACCGGUUAACAAUGAUUUAUUCGAUAAAUAAUAGAUAGCAUUGCACUGCGAUAAAGUGAGAAAUAUGAUACGAAAUAAAUAUCAUUCAUGGAAAGAGAGUCAAGGAUAGAUUGGAGAGAUCGAUCGAACGCUGCAUUACAUUCCGUCUCACAAUGUUUUUUGAUGCAUUUAGGUUUGAUUUUUUAAUUAUAUAUAUUAUUGGAUUUUUGAGGAUGUACUUGUCCCUCAGAUUAGAUACGAGGCGCUACCUGAUUUACCUGCAUGAUUUUAUCUCCGGUUCAUUGAUUUUAUUAAUGAGUAUUGACGUUCGAGGAGAAUGCUCGAUGGGAGAAGGAGUCAGCAAGAUAAGUGACUAAAUGAAGACAGAGAAUGGCAAAUCCAUGUGGAAAAUCCCUUGAGGUCAAACGAAGAAAUAAAAAUAAAGCGUUCGGGUGAUUUCUGUAGUUAUGUCUGGUAGUCUAGAGGCUGAAGGUAAUACUGGAGUUUUUUUACUAGUCAACGCUGAGACUGUUUUCUCAAGGGAGUGAGAUAGGUAAUGAAAAAAAGAAAUUAAACAAAAUAAAGAAAAUAAUACUGGCUUGAAUCGAUAGGGACGGGAGUAAUUGAUGAAGAUUGAGGAUUGAAGGGUGGAGGGUAAGUUUCAUACUCGAUGAGAAUGAUGAAUUUUUUUUCUCACGCGCAUCAAGAUACACCAGUACACCACACUCCAUCCAGAUUCCACGUCCAAAAGUCUAUAAAAAUGAUUUAACUAAUUGAAAUCCAACCAACAGUAGUGAUUUGAGAAUAAUUAAAACUGCAUAAGACAGGAGAACAAUUGAAACCAUAAAAACUCAAUAAUCGACUGAUGGAAUUCGGUGAAGGUAGGAUGCAGGGAGAUUACGAGGAGAUUAGCGGGUGAUUUAAUGAGUUAGAGGUUGUAUGAAUAAUGAGUUAGAAAUCAUAAGAAUAUUGUCCCCGUGAGAUUGUUUAAAGCACUCUACACCUUUGAGCUUUCUUAAUUUUUUUUUUUCUUUCAAGAAAAUGAUAUCGUAUGAUUUAGAUCUAUUAUUGAUAUUAUGCGUCUAGCUUCGAGGAACUAAUCGAGUGACUGUCAUUACUCAUUUUAUUUAACUCCUCACAAAUGAGGGGAGAAGGAAAAAAGGAUAAUUACAUGUUUGAGUUUGUUGUUCUGAAUUCCUCAAGCGUAAAUGUGAGAUGGAAUUGGUGAAAUUCCCAAGAUAUUCACCAGAAUGACAGAACUCGAAAUUCAAAUUCCUCAGUUCACUUCAUUGAUAAAAAUUCCACACAACACAGCUCCUUGAGAACAAAAGGUAUAUAUAAAAAUAAUUGAAAACUCCGUUCGAAUGCACCUCGCGAGCUCACACUGCCCGUCCGAAUUUUCUAGGCACCGAUUGUCCUGCGCUCCUGUGACAAAAAUGAAGCAAGAAAAAAUUCGUCUGAAUUUAUAGUAAACUGCCCUGAGUAUUUCUGAGACCACUGUAACCAUCGGGCUCGUUUUUAUUAAUCAUUGAAUUUUAAUUCACGUUUGUAAGUGAUUUGAUCGUUUCUAGAUAAUGACAAUGAAAAUAUGAAAUGGAUUGGACUGCGUGCUGGACACGUAGAUAUUUUCCAGAAGAAUGGCAUUAAAUCACCCGACUCUGAUCCAGAGUUUUAUCUAAAAACGAUUAUUUCUCCUGAGAGUGAUAAUCCCAUUUUGAUUUAAAUUCAAUGGGAGUUACGUGUAGUUUUUAUCGCAAUCGAUCGAGGUGCAAGAACAAAGCCACAGAGAGGUAAUUACUCAAAGUUUAACAUUAAAGUAAUUGUAAACAAUUUUUUUCUUAACGAUAAUGAAAAGAUAAAUCACAAGAGCGACAAAGAAAAACAUUAAAUAAGGCAAACCCGGGAUUUCUUUCUGCGUCCCUCCCCGCCUUAGUCUGUAAACGCCUAUUAUAAAUAGAUAGAACAUAUUACAAUAUGACAAUUAUAUACAUUUAAAUAAUUCAAUAAACAUGGGAGAUUGAUUGAUGGUUUAAUAGGCGAGAGUGAUUCAUAUUGGCCGAACUGUUUUGCGAAAAUACGAGAAUAAUUGAUGCGCACUUACAUCACCAAAUAAUGUAUUGUUGAUUUUGAUGUUUAUACGGAGAUUUAAGAGUUUAAGAGCACGAGGUACAACGAAUUUGCCACGAUUGAGUGUAUUGUUUAAUUCUGAUUAUUAUGGCGAAUAAGGAGAUGAUGGUAUAGUAAUAAUAUUGCGUCAAUUUUAGUCCAUGGAUUUUCGGUUAAUUUUAUACUUACGAUAGUUCAAAUUAUUCUAUCAUCAUAUAUAAUCAUAUGUAUUACGUUUGAUUUUGAUAAAUUUCAAAUUAUCUUUUUAUUCAACUUAAUGAAAGAAUUUACUCUUCUUUCCGAAUACUUUCAACUAGUGUAUAUAAUAUUAUUCAUUGAAAAAAAUAUGUAUUGAAACAAUUAUUGAAACAAAUGUGAUGAUGAGAAUCUUUUUAAACAAAUGAAGGCCUCACUCGUGUGUACACGAAUUUGUUUGGUGCAGGGUAAUUAAUUAAUCAUGUGAUGGGAUUUUUAUGAAAAAAAGAUAAACAAAAUUGUUUCUCAUAUUUUGCAAAACAGUCAACGGAGUGGGCAUGCAUAAAUAAAAGAAGAAACAAAAUAACAAAGUGAAGAAAUAUAUAAUCAACAUGACUGAGUCUAUCAUUUCACGUUAAUUACAUUUGAUACGAUAUUUCACGUUAUCGUUGAUAAUAUGAAUGAGCCGUUGGAGUCAGGAAACAUUGAUAUAUUAUGUAAGCACAUUUAAGCGAAGAAAAGAAAAUUAUUGUCGUCAUUAUUUUGCAAUUAAUUCGGAAUGCAGUGGAUAUAAAGUGUUAACAAAUGCUUCAAUGAUACGUAUAGACGUAAAGUGAACUAAAAAAAUUAAUAAUACCAGCGACAUGAGAAAAUAA